GUGCCGGCUCGGUGCCGGUUCGGUGCCGGUGCGGUCCCGGUUCGGUGCCGGUUCGGCUCCAUCCCGCCGGCGGAGCUCUCCCGGCGCUGCCGGUACCGGGCGGAGCGGGGCGGGGGGAUCAGGACGCGGCCCCGGGCGCUGCCCCCGCCGCUCUCCGUCCCCCCGGGGCUCCUUUCGAUUUCGCUUUCCGCCGGGAUCGCCGCGGGGACGGGAGCGGAGCGCUGCGGGCGCGGCCGGGCUCCGCUCGCACCCCACGGCCAUGCAGGUAGGAGCCCGGCCCUUGUCCUCGGGAUUGUCCUCCCCACCCCGGCCCGCUCGGGAUUUCUCCUCCUCAGCCGGGGCUGCAGCUUCAUUCCCCGGGGGUGAGCCCCUGCCCCUUCUCCGAGCGGGCUCACGAAGCCCGGAGCAGCUUGGAGCCUCUGUUCCCGCAAUUGGUUCUCAGCAAAAAGCUGCUCUCACACAUCGGCGGGUUCCUUUUCACCCUGCUUUUUCUCACUUUCCCGCUCGAACAUCCCCAGGGACAAUAUUUCCUCUUGAAGCAAAAAAAAAAGCCAUCUCAGAAAAGUCUGAAAGCAGCUAAGCAGGGAUAAAAGAAAGAACAUAAAAUUAGUAUAACAUAAUAAAAAUUCAGAAUGUAUCUCGAGGCCUAGAAAUCUUUAGGAGCAAGAAAAAUACCAGAUUUGUUCUGGUUUUACUGUAAAUUUCGUUUCUAAGAGAGUCACAUCGAUGGGAGAAAAUUAAAAUAACUUUUAGAGCGUUCUAGACAAAAUACACUGCUGAUUUCUUUCACUUUUAUUUUCCCCAUAGCUUAUUGCUUAGAGUGAAUCUGAAAGACAGUUUGCAUUGCUGCCAAGCCUGCUCAGAGUUUAUUCUGGGGUCUCGCUGUUCUCCUCAUGCAGUAUCAUGUAGCUGCCUGCUUUUCAAAUCCAAUUCAGUGACCACCAAAUUGUCUUUCUGCUGAAGAAAUCCUCCCACCACCUGCUGCCUUCCUCCUGCUGUAACUCCCAGGGAAGCAUUUUCCCCUGGACUGAUGCACUGGAUUGCUCCUGUCUCUUCUCCUGAUUUUGGGAGCUUCAGCUUUGCAUUUGUGUCCAGCUCCCAUCUCCUCACCCUCAUUUUCAGAGGGCUCAACUCUGCCCAUACACACAGUUGGCUGCUCUAAAUCACCUGCAAAAUCCUGCCUGAGCCUGAGUGCUCAGAGUUGGUAACUGCUUCAGAAAAUACCAUUUGACAGCAAAAUUGUUAAUUUUCCAGUGAGUGAAGCUGAGAAAUUGCUGGGAUUCACAUUAAUAGGUUUUUAAGGGGAAACAUUAUCUGCUUGGCUGCCAGUAAUAUUUCAAGAUGUAGAUGUGGCUGGAAGCAGGAUCUGAGCUCCCUUCUGGCUCACAUGCCUGGCUGAGGGGGAAAAGUAAUUCUUGAGGGGGCCAGAACUCCAUGGAGGGUGAGCAAGAGGAGCUUGCAUCUCCCCAAACCAUGGGAUGGCCAUUUCCACUUAUGCCCAAAUGAUCACUGGGGACAGAGUGAGAGGCCCCUCUCCUUUCAAGACAAAAUCAAAGCACUGUUGCCAGGUUUAUUUUCACAGCUCUAGAGAACUGAAGUGCUCUUCUGGAACCUUGAGCAUCCAUCGGGCAUCAGAGGGUCCUGCAGGAGCACAGGCACUGCAGGCUCUGCCAGCCUGAGCUCCAUCUCCUGCUUCCCAUGGGGAGUGGGGAUGGAUAAUCCAUCCAGAGCCUGCAUGAGGGCAGGUUCCUCUGCUAAAGAGCUGGAGAAUGGGAUCUCUUGGCAACCAGGGCCUGGAAAAGUGAGAGGAAGAGCUGUAGACAACACAUUAUGUCUGUGGUUGCUGAAAGUCUGGUCAGAGAAAGAGUCAGAUAAACUUUCUCAAGCAUUUCUCUGGGAAGUUUGAGAAAGAUCAGAGGCGGAAUUAAAACAAUCCUUAAUCUUUACAACAAGCGUUUUAAACAUACUAUUUACUUAUAAAAUAUUUGCAAGAAGGAUGUUAUUACUAAUUAACCAAUAGUAUAAAGAGUAUAAAUUAAAGACCAAUCAAAUCCAACUUUAUCAUAACUAUCUAUAAAAGAAUAUCUAGUGUCUAAUAAAAUUUAUAUUUACCUUCUAAAAACCUAAGAGUUUAUUUAUGUCACUUCAUUCAUCCACCCUUAAUACAACAACAACACAGGUCACAUCACACUGCUAUAAGAAACCAGUUAGGAAAUACUGGAGCAGGUGAGUGUCUUGGUUUGGAAAGCCAGGUGUCUGCUAAGGAAGGCAGGAGCCUCCCUUGAAAUUGAAAAUGGAAACCCCUCCCUCUGAAUUGCUAUAAAUUUUAAGUUAAGGGGCUCUCAGGCAAAAAAUUUGGGAGCAGGAAUAACAGUUCUUUACUAGGGAAGAAAACAAAAAGAUAAAAUAAACAAUGCAGUAAAUCAAAACAGCACUGACAGAGUCAGAGCACAGCCUGACACCCUGUGGGUCAGGGUGCUGGCAGCAGUCCCAUUGGAAUUGUGGCUCAGCCCUCCUGCAGUGUCAGGGGUGGUUCUGCUGGAGCAGGGAUCCUGUAGCAGGGUGCAGUCUUCCUCUGAAGAUCCAGUGGAAGAGGCAGCUGCUGCUCCUCUGGGAAAUCCAGUGGAGAAGCCGUGCUGGUGUUCCAGAAUCUCAGAUUCUAUCCAGGUAGGAAUGCUUGGCUCCUCCCUCUGGGCUCACAUCUCCCAUGGAUGCUGCAGUUCUUAUCAGCCAUGCAGGGACAUUCCACAGCCUGUUAUCAGCAGAUGUGCCCCCGAGGGAGGAGUGGGUGUGGAAGAGAUAAGGAAAACUGCCCACUGAGCAGGAGACAACUGCCACACAGAUGGCAAAGAGAAUCCAAUCUGCUUGGCAAUCCAGGACAUGGAGGCACCUCCAAAGCAAAGACAGGACCAGAAUUUCCCCCACUGAUGUAUCUGAUCUCUUCCCCAGGGCAAAGUGGCCAUCAGCUCUUCCAGCCCCGUGGUGGCCGUGUCGGUGCCACCCCCAUCCCAGGGCAGACCCUCACCCAUCAGCACCGGGCAGAUCUUCAGGCUUCCAGGGAGGCUGAGAAUCCAGCCCUCCCUGUGGAGCAAGGAGGAUGUGAUCCACUGGCUGCGAUGGGCUGAGGAGGAAUAUUCCCUGCGGCCCACGGAGCAGAGCAAGUUUGAAAUGAACGGCAAAGCCCUGUGCAUCCUCACCAAGGACGACUUCAGACACCGAGCUCCCAGCUCAGGGGACGUGCUUUAUGAAAUACUCCAGUUCAUUAAAACUCAGAGAAGAGCGCUGGUGUGCAGCCCCUUGCUGAACUCACCCUUCAGGAAAGCCAGGAGCACAGAGGAAGGUGCAGACUGCAGUGCUGAGGCUGGCCCAGUUGUUUCCUCGUGGCUGGGCUGUGCAGAGCAGCCCCUGUUCCACAGCCACACGCAGCCCCUGAACCUCUCCCACCACAGCUCAGAGAGUGGCUGCAGGCCAGGUGCCAUCUGCUCUUUUCCUGCUACCCUGUCGGCCCCAGUGGAUGGGAAAAUUGCAGACUGCAGGCUGCUCUGGGAGUACGUGUACCAGCUGCUGGCCGACCGCCGCUACGAGCCCUACAUCAGGUGGGAGGACAGGGAGGCCAAGGUGUUCCGCGUCGUCAACCCCAACGGGCUGGCCCAGCUCUGGGGCAACCACAAGAACCGGAUGAACAUGACCUAUGAGAAGAUGUCACGAGCACUCCGACACUACUACAAACUCAACAUCAUCAAAAAGGAGCCAGGGCAGAAGCUGUUGUUCAGGUUUUUGAAGACUCCUGGGGAGGCUGGCCAUGAGAAAUCCAGCAAACUGGAGCAGCUGGAGAGUGAGGACCCUGAAGAUUUGAAGGAAGACCCACUGGAGGUUUCACCACAGUAAAUCUUUGGAGGCUUCACUUCAGUGCAUCACAGGGACCUUGUGCUUUGCUGGGCAGUGCUGGUGUCUCCUGCCUCUCCUGGACAGAAGGCCACAGAGCUGGCCUGGAUUUCAAAGCCUGCUGUGAGCCAAAUCUGGGACAUCUCUGGGGUUUCAUUAGCAAAACACACCCAGAAGCUGUCCCCAGCCCCAAGGGCACAGGGGGAUGUGUGGGCUGGCCUUCUGCUGGUUCCUCUCCUGCCCUGUGGGAGGGAAUGUGACAUUUUUGCUCUGAAAUUUUGAUGCUUGUCUUUAAGGUCCAAACCUGUGGAAAAGAUCCCUCUGUUCCUCCAGGGAGAUGAGCAGAGCAGAGCAGAGCACGAGCUCUGGGCUGAGCACCUGCUGCUCUGCCUGGGCAGUGGGAGCUGUGCCCAGCUGUGAGCAGGGCACAUUGCAGACUGCAGCGUGCUGGAAUCUCUGUCUCCUCUGAGAUUGCUCCUGGGAUUGAGGUUAGGAGUGUGCUGAAAUACCUGCCUGAUCAGGCCUGGCUGAAGCUCCAUGGCUGCCCAUAGCUGGUAUUCACUUUAACUCCUUUCCCUCCAGGUAAUGACUUUUGUAAUUAAUUCUGUGAUUAAAUAAUGUGAAAAGAAACAAAGCCAGUAACAAAUGUGACCCCAUGCAUGGUCAGAUAUGUGAUUAUUUGUUUUGAAUUUGAAGCAGGAAUACCUGAAGUGAACGGUGUCUGUGUGUGUGUGUGAAAAUAGAAAAUACCCACUACUAUUUUCACUUCGCUUUCCACAGAGGAAAUAAAAUGCUGUGACUGUAAGGUUGAAAAUCUCACUUCUUGCUGUUUGAAGGUCUGAAACUGGGAAAUCCAAGCUUUCCUCAUUUAAAACCAGCUCCUGUGGGCACCUAGAUCUCUCCUCCAACAU